AUGGGGCGUACAGAGGUUUUGAUUAAAUGGCUUCAUUUGCCUCUUUUUGAGAACACAUGGGAGGAUUCAGCUCAACUUGAUGUCCAAUUUCCUGAUUUUCACAUUGAAGACAAGAUAGAAGACUCAAUCUUCACUUUUAAUCAGUCUGCAAGUGCUUCUGUGGAAGUAUGGGGAACUGAAAAGCUUCAUCUUUCAAAAUUGACAGUGCUUUGGUAUCUGAAUGCACUGUUGGCAUGCCUUGGAUCAAAGGCUAUGGAUUUAAAUACCACGAAAAGAGAUAAAAAUGAAGGUAAGUCUAAACUCUGUAUUUAUUAUGAAAAAUUUCUUCUAGUCCUUUGGCUUCAUCCCCACCUUUACUUCUUGCAGUUAUUUCAAUGGGUGCAUCGAAAACUUCAGCAGAGUAGUAUUGAUACUUCCAAGGAUUUCACACUUGGAAACCUUUGUACUUGCCUUACGGUGCAGCCAACACUUGACAACCAAUACACCCAGACAAAGCCAAGCUUCAGCUCCAUAAGUCAAUCCAGUUUAUUAAAGCCACACCAUCAGGAAAGUCAAACAUCUUAUUCUGGGUUUGAUGACAACACAGAAGAAGAUAAGUCCCAAGAAGAAACACCUGCAGUCAUCUCAGAGCUCUUUGAAGGCUUUCUGACAAUUGGAACUCUUGGUGCAGAAACAGUCAACAAUGAGCCUGCAACACCAACAUUUGCCAUGCCUUUGGAAAACAUAACUAUGAGAAAUGCAGAGGUGACAGAGAAUGAACUAAAGCUCAUAAGUUAUGAGCUUGAGAAAUUCCUUGAGGCAGAAAAAGAAGAAAUUUUCUAUGAAUCAUCAGGAAGAAACAGCCAUGUUAGCUCUAUUACAUUUAGUGGCAAACAAAUAGACGGACCCAUAGCUGAAGAUUAUGGAAACAAAGCUGUGUGUCCACUGCAAGGAUAUUUAUUAGGGUCACCACUUGAACUGCCAGAGACAACAGAAGUGAGGAAAGAGAGGGCAUCACUUGCUGAGCUAUUUCAUAGGACAAAGACAACCAGUCAAGACUGCAUAGAGACAGGAGUUAGAGGAGAGACACAAGUCAAGCAAACGCAUAAGUCUGCCAUGCAUAUUAUGCGAAAGAUGUUGAAAAAGGUCCACAGUUCAUCCAAAAGCUGUAAAAUUCCUGGGGAUGAUGCUGAUUCUGCUUCAACCAAUAAAAAGCUCCAUAAGGUUCUACGUAUAUUUCACAGAAAAGUCUAUCCUGAAAACACCAUAAAUGCAAAAGAUUUUAUUAAAUCCCACAAAGCUAAGAUAAAAAAUGUUCCUCAUGACUGCUGCCAUGAAUACUGUAAGACCAACUGGAACCCACCACAAAAUGGGCUAAGUUGCACCGGAAACAAUGAGCACUGGAUCAAAACAGAUGCAGAAUACUUGGUGCUGGAGCUGUAG